AGGCGGCGGGGGCUCAGGCGCUUUCUCCUCUUUCCCGCAGUGCUCUGGAGGCUCGCGCAGGGCGCAAGGAGCAGCCGCAGGGCCGUGCUGCUGCUGGGCCUCUGCGACGCGGGGAAGACGCUGCUGUUCGCCAGGCUGUUGACAGGCAAAUACCGAGAUACGCAGACCUCCAUAACCGACAGCUCUGCCCUUUACAGAGUGAGCAACGGCAAGAGCACUAAUGUGACUUUAAUCGAUCUCCCAGGCCACGAAAGCUUGCGGCUUCAAUUCUUGGAGAGGUUCAAGGCUGCAGCCAGGGCCAUUGUGUUCGUGGUUGACAGCGUAGCCUUCCAGCGGGAGGUGAAGGAUGUAGCUGAGUUCCUGUACCAGGUUCUGGUUGACAGCACUGUUCUCAAAAAUGCACCCGCACUGCUGAUUGCUUGCAAUAAACAAGAUGUCACAAUGGCAAAAUCUGCAAAACUUAUUCAACAACAGCUGGAGAAAGAGCUUAACACCUUACGAGUGACCCGCUCUGCAGCCCCCACCAGUCUGGAUGCCUCAGCCACUGGGGGCCCUGCUCAGCUGGGGAAGAAGGGCAAGGACUUUGACUUCUCUCAGCUGCCCAUGAAGGUGGAGUUUGUGGAGUGCAGUGCUCGUGGCAGCAAGGGAGAGGAGGGAGAUGCUGACUUUGAGGGCCUUGAGAAAUGGCUGGCCAAGAUUGCCUGAACAGAGGAGGGCAGGGUGAGAGGGAGAGACCUGAGGAGGUGGGAGUUUUGGGAGUGAAAGAAAAUAGAUGGUUUGAAGUACUCGGAUCUUACCAAAGGAGAAACUGAAAGCUGGAAAAGCAUUGCGUCGUCUUUCUCUGCUUGGGAGCAUAUAACAACUACUGGUGUGUUUUCUGCUGUCUCUGUCACACUGCCACGUUUUUUUUCCUCUCUCCUCUACUUUUUAUCCUGUGUUGCUGACUCUGCUGUGGCUUCUGUGUUUCCUUGAAAUCUUCUGCAUUUUUCAUCAUCCAGCUGCCAGGCAACUUAGGAAGGAACACACUGCGAGGUGAACCUGUAGUUUGUCCUUUUCUGCUUUGUUUUAACAUUGCUUUGCUGUUGCUUUGUGGAGUGACUGAUCACCUCCUGAUUUUGACUUCUUUCUGCAGCUUCUUGCUGCCUGGGAGUGCUGCCCUGACAGAGUGCACAGAUUCUCUCCGUUGGGUAGUCACUGGGAUGAAUAUAAAAAGCUGUUGUCCUCUUGUCUUCUAUCUCCUUAUUUUUCCAGACUGGUGUAGUAAAGCUUCUGUGGACCUGGAGUGACUUGUUAAAUUUCAAAGGCAAGCUGGUUGAUCUGCCCUUGUCACUGUGCAGUGCCUGUGUCUGGCUGUGGUGCCUGUGUCUUUGGUUGAUUACUUCUGCUGGACAGUUCUUGGGAGUUUUUCUUUCUGCCAGGGCUAUGUCUUGAAAGCUUGUUUCACUCUGUUCUUCUUCCUGUACUUCAGGCCCUUCUCCAAUGGACCUUGUAAACACACUCCCUGUGAAUGACAGUUACAGAAUGGUCCUAGCUUGAACCAAUGAAAGUGGCAUAUUUUUGGAUUCACAUGUAUGUUAGGAGUCAGAUUUGUCAUGCCAGACACUUGCUGUUCUGUCUCCUGCCUGUCUCCUCUCCGGUGUCCACAAUAAAGAAACCAUUUUGCUAUUAUCAUCAUAGCAGUUGCAGCAAAAUGAAUAGAGAAAGGUGAGCUGAUAGCACAUUACUGUGAGCACAAUUCUUCCUUAUGAGGAAGAUGCUCAGUGGAGAAGAACAUGUGAUCUUUUCCCUGUUUGAGGUGAUUGAAGCCAAAGCUGCUGCUGUGUGUGAUCUCAUCAGUUAAUCUUCAGGGAAUGCCUGUUGCUGUAGCUCUUGGAGAGGCUAAGCUGGCUGCUCUGAGGCUUGGAGUGGGAUCUGAGUCAGUAUGUCUUAGACCUGAACUUUCCAAAGGACCUUUGCUUUCCUUUUUCUUUGCUGUAGCCCAGAACAUUGGUUGUGUAAAGGGAGAACUUGCAGAAGCAUCUGUAUUGGUCAGGUGGGAGAUGAGACCCUGUGCUUCAGUUUUUCCUUUCUGAACAGCAGCCUUAAGACACUUGUCAGUUGCCCUGCCCAGCAGCGUGAUGCUCUGGUGGGAUGCUGACUCCACACAUCUCUGUGAGGAGGAUUGCUCUCCAGGAUUCAGUGCUGGGAAUUGCAAGGUCCUACUGCAUUGCAGUUUUUCCUCUCAUUUUAUUGUUUCUUGUUUAGUUCUAGACAAGGAGCAAACUUAUGGCUCCCAAUGGGCCUUUUCUGUCUUUUGUGGGUUUCUCUCUGGUUUAGUGCUUGUUUAACGGCUCGUCUGAUCUGUUAUGUUCUUUUCCUUUCUUUCUGGGCAUCCUCUGAGUUCUUGUAGUAUUGCCAAAUGUUAGUAUUGAUGGGAGGAACGAAAACAGGCUUGAGCAAAGACCUGUGCUCAUAGUGGAACUCUAAAGAUAAACUGGGAGAUGUGCUGUUCUACAUAGGAGGUGGGGAGGAUUAUACUUAGGGAGUGUGUUACAUUUUGGUAUUUGUUGCAGCCAAAGCAUUGCUGAGGUGUGUUUGUUGUGCUUCAACUCCUUUUGCUGGAGAGUAUUGCUGUUUGAGUGGUAGUUCUGCUUGCUAAGACCUACCUUCUUUGAAAGCAGAGACCGAGCAUCGCCAUCUGGUGGGAUAAAGUAGCAUGAGGCCCUGUUUGGUUUUAAGUUAUUCUUUUUGAAAAAUAUUUCUGUAAUAAAGCAUUUGACUAAAUGUUUCUUCUCAA